AUGCUGCGUGUAACAACCUUGGCGUCUUCGUGUACUUCAUUUCCCUUACAGGUCCUCAGGAGGCGGUUGACCAUAUCUUCUUUGACAAGCUUCCAACCCACAACCAAGACACAGGUCGUGGUCAUCGGUGCUGGACAUGCAGGCUGCGAAGCUGCAGCUGCGUCAUCUAGGACUGGUGCGCAUACUACUCUCAUUACACCAUCGUUAACAGAUAUUGGUAAGUGUUCGUGCAACCCCUCUAUUGGUGGAGUGGGUAAGGGCAUCCUUGUAAAGGAAAUCGACGCUCUCGAUGGGCUGAUGGGCAAAGUAACUGAUCUCGCUGGAGUGCAAUUCAAAAUGCUGAACAGAAGCAAGGGUCCUGCUGUGUGGGGGCCCAGAGCCCAGAUAGACAGAGAGUUAUAUAAGAAAUACAUGCAAAGGGAACUUUCCGACAAGAAAGCACACCCCAACUUGUCUCUGCUGCAGAACAAAGUUGCUGACUUGAUCUUGUAUGACCCCGGAUGUGGCCACAAGGUCAUCAAAGGUGUGGUUCUGGAUGACGGUACCCAGGUUGGGGCAGAUCAGGUCAUAAUCACUACAGGUACGUUUCUCAGUGCAGAAAUUCACAUCGGCGACAAGCGUAUUGCAGCAGGAAGAAUUGGCGAGCAGCCAACAUAUGGGAUCAGCAAUACUCUACAAAAUGAGGUGGGCUUUCAGUUAGGGCGUUUGAAAACAGGCACUCCGGCUAGGCUGGCCAAGGAAUCCAUUGAUUUCAGCGCUCUGGAGGUCCAGAAGGGAGAUGCGUUGCCUGUCCCUAUGAGUUUUCUGAAUGAAACCGUGUCAGUCGAACCCACGAAGCAACUGGAUUGCUUUGGCACACAUACCACACCUCAAAUGCACGACUUUUUGCGCAAUAACUUGCAUCAAUCCAUUCAUAUUCAGGACACGACCAUCAAAGGCCCCCGCUAUUGUCCCUCCAUCGAAGCUAAGAUUCUAAGGUUUCCUGAUAGAUCUUCCCAUAAGAUAUGGUUGGAACCAGAAGGUUUCAACUCCGACGUCAUUUAUCCGAACGGGAUAUCCAAUUCUAUGCCUGAGGAUGUCCAGUUACAAAUGAUGAGGCUCAUCCCGGGCAUGGCAAACGUUGAGAUCUUGCAGCCGGCAUACGGCGUGGAAUACGACUACGUAGACCCACGGCAAUUAAAGCCUAGCUUGGAAACAAAAUUGGUGGAUGGACUAUUCUUGGCCGGACAAAUAAAUGGUACUACAGGCUACGAGGAAGCCGCUGCACAGGGGAUCAUUGCAGGUAUCAAUGCAGGAUUACUAUCGCGCCAAGAACGGGAGCAAUUGGUCUUGAAAAGGUCCGAAGCGUACAUUGGUGUGCUCAUUGACGAUCUAAUCAAUAAUGGCGUCAUAGAACCAUAUAGAAUGUUUACUUCCAGAUCAGAAUUCAGAAUCAGCGUAAGAGCCGAUAACGCAGACUUCAGACUGACGCCCAUUGGUGCUCAACUAGGGAUUAUAUCUCCUGUCCGUUUAAGUCAAUAUUCAAGAGACAAGCACCUAUAUGAUGAAACAAUACGGGCGCUUCAAAAUUUCAAGCUAAGCUCUCAAAAAUGGUCUAGCUUACUACAGGCUAAUAUCGCGCCACAGGCUGAAAACAGAUCUGCUUGGGAAAUAUUCAGAUUCAAAGAUAUGGAUCUACAUAAACUCUACGAGUGCAUUCCCGAUUUACCCAUUAAUUUGCUGGACAUCCCAAUGCAUGUUGUCACCAAAAUUAACAUUCAAGGUAAAUACGAACCUUACAUUGUCAAACAGAACCAGUUUGUGAAGGCAUUUCAGGCAGACGAAAAUAUGCUGUUGCCGCAAGAUUACGAUUACCGUCAGUUACCCACGCUUUCCACUGAAUGCAAACUACUCUUGAACCGCGUACAGCCAUUGACCAUAGGCCAAGCAAGACGGAUUCAAGGUAUCACUGCGGCAGCCCUAUUUGAACUCUACCGUGUGGCACGGAAGCCAAGCCAACCAGUCAUGUAA